CUACCGGUGCUGUUCAGUAGUUGCUUUCGCCGGAUCAUCGAUGGCCGCUUGCUCUGCUCUUACUGCUGCCACUCUCCCCUCCGCCGCCGCAGCACCGGCCGGCCAACGGCGUCCGACAGUGUCUGUGCGCCAUCCCGGCGGCCGCCGCCAGCGCCUCUCCGGCGUCUUGCGGUGUAGCGCCGGGCCGAGCGGCGUCGGGGUCUCGGGAAAGCUAGCGGAGCUGUGGCGGGCGACGAGGGGUGCGCCUCCGGGGAUCGUGCUCGCCGCCGUGGCGGCCGCGGCGGUGGUCUACAAAGUUGCUUCCGGCCUCCUCGCCCCGCCGCCUCCGCCGCCACUAAGACGGCGGGAGGUGGCUGAAGAGGCGCAGCCACCAGCUCCGGAGCCGGUGGAGGUGGGGGAGAUCACGGCGGAUGAGCUGCAGCAGUACGAUGGGUCCGAUCCCGAGAAACCGCUUCUCAUGGCCAUCAAGGGGCAAAUCUACGACGUCUCCCAGAGCAGAAUGUUCUAUGGGCCUGGUGGGCCAUAUGCAUUGUUUGCUGGUAAAGAUGCCAGUAGAGCAUUAGCGAAGAUGUCCUUUGAACCUCAAGAUCUGACAGGUGAUAUUUCUGGCCUUGGUUCAUUUGAGCUCAGUGCCUUGCAAGACUGGGAGUACAAGUUCGCUAGCAAGUAUGCGAAGGUAGGAAGCAUCAAAAUCAAAAGUACAGCACCCGUGGAAGAGGGUGAUUUCAGCACUUCUGCUGAAAUACAGGAGGAAGUUGCUGCCGUGAAGCUGAAUGGAGAGAAAGCACCAUGAGACAGAUAUAAAUUGAUUGUGAAGUCUGGCGAGAAAGAAACAGGGAUACCUCCUAGCUGAUGCUACAUGCAUCUGGACUGUUUUUCUUCGAAAUGCUGUUCAACUUUGUGUGACUAGAUAAGAAGUGUAAAUGUGCAAUCGACUAUAGAAUAUUGAGUUGUUGAGUUUAAAGAGGAUGCUGCCCCAUGCUACAUUCCACGA